AUGCAAGAUGAUAACCAAGAUUAUGAGAGUAAACACCACAAGCAACAAUCCCUCCGUUCUGAUGAUAGAGUAGUGCUGAUCGUAGUAUUGCAAGCAGAUGAUAUUCAGGGCGUGAUGUUGUCUUCCGAAUCACUCUAUACAAGCAUGCAUGCAUUCAGAUGCACUAUACCCAAGGCUCAGGCUAGGAGCAUUUCCACUUCUCCCGCGCGCUCAAAAAAUGUGACCAAAGCCCUUCUACAGGAUAAACAGCAAGGCCUGGGCUUUGCAAAGUCGAAUUCUCUCCCUCCAAAGCCGAGGAAGAGAGGAGUAACCGAGAUUCGAGGGCCAUACUAUGCGGUAUGCACAAGCCUUGUGCGCAGAGAACACUUGCUGAGUUCGGUUUACGAUCUAGGUCAUGGGGAAGAAUUAUCUCUCCGACAUAUUCGAAACGUAGGAUGGCUGCUGAUGGGCGACUAUGUCGAUGGACUCAAGUUCUCCGGCGGCUCGUUCUCGCUUUUCCAUGAGGCAAAAUUGAAAGAGCUGAUCGAUAUCGCUCACAAUAACGGUGCAUAUGUUUCCACGGGUGGAUGGGCAGAGCAUCUCCUAACACAUCCCGACAACACGUCUGUUCUGGAUAGAUACUUCAAAAAGUGCAAAGAUCUUGGGUUCGAUGUUGUCGAGUUAUCUGCCGGUUUCCUCUCCAUUCCAGAAGAUGACUGGCUGCGGCUUGUUGAGAGGGUGCAGUCAUACGGCUUGAAACCAAAGCCCGAGUUGGGUAUCCAGUUCGGUGCCGGAGGAGACACUCAGACCAGCGAGCUCGAAGCGAUCGGCACAAGUGACCCCGGCAAGCUGAUCAACCUGGGGAAGAAAUUCCUUGAUGCCGGCGUCGAGCGUCUCAUGAUCGAGAGCGAAGGGAUAACCGAAAACGUCACCAAUUGGAGAACAGAAGUCGUUUCAGAGAUCAUGAAACAGUUGCCUCAGGAGAAGGUCAUGUUUGAAGGUCAGCUCUCCCCUUAA